AUGGCUACUGGCCUUGAAAAUGAAAAAGCCCAAACUUAUUUAAUAAACGUGGUCAUUCUGGAGGGUAGGCAUUAUAUCUGGAGUAAUGCCACAACAGCCGUUGUAGUCAAAAUAAAAAACAAAAAGAAAAGCACAGCAGUAAGAUAUGGUACCGAUAAUCCAUAUUACAAUGAGUAUUUCGUCUUUGAAUUCAAUACAACCCUGGAAGCAUUGCUAGAAUAUCGUCUAUCAAUAACGGUUAUACAACCGAAAACGAUUUUUAAGAAAAGAAAAAUAUUGGGCUCAGUAGAAUUUGACUUGUUCUAUAUAUGGCUUCAACCAGACCAUCAGUUCUAUCAUAAGUGGGCCACCCUAGCUUGUCCAAAAACAGAAGAAACUAGGAUAUUUAGGGGUUAUUUAAAAGUUGAUUUGCACAUAACCAGCAAAGGGCAUGCACCGAGGUUUCCAGUCAACGUACAAAACGAUGAAAUUGAGGGAAACUUGUUGAUUCAAGAAGAAGGUAUUAUUGAAAGUCACCCAGCAAUAUUUAUAUUCGAUGUUUUUAAAUGUAUCAAUUUGUCUAAAUAUUCUAACAUUGCAUAUGAAAAAUUGCGUAAAGACAGUAAAGAUGUUAACCCCUCCGGUUAUGUCGAAGUUAUAUUUGCCGGAAAAUCUAUGAAAACUAAUGUAUUUUAUAAUCAAAGAAAUCCUGUAAUAAAUCAACGGUUGGUUAUCAAAGAUAUGAUACCAACUGUUUGCCAAAGAUUCAAAAUUAGAUUAUAUUACAUCAACAGCCAAUCGAAAGAUGAUUAUUUAUCUUACAACAUGAACUUAAAAUUGAUAUCUAAUUUCAAAGAAGAUGGAUUUCUUCCUACCUUCGGACCUACGUUUAUUCAUCUUUAUACAAAACAAAACUCCGUAUAUGGAGGCUCAGUACUUAUUGGAAUGUCUACAGAAAUAAAACACUUUUCUUUGAAAGGGAAUUAUUUGGUACCUAGAGAAAUACCAAAAUCCGUACUAGAUAAAAGACGAGUGUCACAUAUAGAAAACUUACUAAAUGAAGGAAAAUAUUCUGAAAUCAAUGGCUUAAUGGAUGCGUCUAUUGAUGAUUUACAUUACAGUGCCAAAAAGUAUUUAGAUAUUGUUUCAAGAUACAAUGUGGAUGUGGAUGGAACAAAUUUAGAAAAAGAACGAAUGAAAAUGUGUACACGAGAGAUGAAAAAAGUGGUAAAAACAAUAUCUGAAACCCGCAGUGAUGCUAACAGGAAGUCGGAUUUUAAAAAAUUAUUGAAGACAAUUAAAAUUCUGGAUCGAAUAAAAGAAGAAGCACAAAACAUUUGGCCCGACGUUAUCCUUUGGAUGGUUUAUAACAAUAAGAAAAUAGCUGGCGUCCAACUAUCAUCAAAGGAUAUAAUUUAUUCAGCUAUUGAAGAAGAGUGUGGUACCUUAAAUAGUGUGGAACAUACUUUGUUUUUAACUAGAAAUAGAAGGAAUACCCCCAACAAUUUUGCCUGUAAAAUAGUCGCCAAAUUUUGGUUAGGAUUAGAGCAACAAAGAUUGUACUCACUCUCAGCAAUUCCUGAUGGUUUCUCCUAUGAGGAAGAUACAGUCCAACCGAAAUAUAUUAGCUCCAACGAAAGCUAUACGUUUCAGUGUAGAGUACACAUUUUUCAAGGAAAAAUAAUCCCCGGAUUUGAUGUAAGUGGGUUAGUUGACACAUUUGUUGUUGUAUACGUUAAAGAUAAAUGGAACAAGACACGUGUAAAAUAUAGUACACUGAAUCCUGUUUGGGAUGAGACUUUAAUUUAUAGAAAUAUAACUUUGUAUGGAUCCAAAGAAUAUAUAAGAAGUCAUCCCCCAGAUAUUAUGUUGGAAGUCUUCGACCAAGAUAAAUGCAAAAAUGAUGUUAUCGGACGGGGUAUUUUUAAACCAGUUGUGAAAAUGAAGGAAGAUCCAUAUGGUCCUCCAUUGUUUCCUCCUAAAUUAACCUGGCACGAGAUAUAUUUUAAAGAUGAAUUGUGCGGUGAAAUUCUAUCCGCCUUUGAACUAUUAGAAGUAAAUCACUUUAGAACUACACCAUUUAAAUAUUAAUUAACUUCAACAUUACAGUCAUCUUCUGAUGAAAUUGAAGAAACGGAUUCGGAACCAUUAUUAUCCAAGUAUGUCGUAGAUAUUCCGUCAAACAUAAAGCCUACUUUUAAAACCUACCGAAUAGAGGUUUAUUUUUGGGGUGUGAGAAAAUUGAAACAAAUCAAUACUGUUCACAUUAAAAAACCUAGAAUUGACAUAUUAAUUCAAGACCAAAUUCUGUCUUCAGAUACAAUAACCAAUGCUAAUAAAAAUCCUAAUUUUUCAAAUUGCAUUAAAUAUAGCGACAUUAAUUUGCCAGAUAAGGAAGAAUACUGUGGACCAAUUCGAAUUAAAAUGUAUGAUAGCAGAUACUUUGGUAUAUACGUUUUUUGUGGAACUUACAUAGCAAAAAUUCAACCGUUUAUAAUUAGCUUAAUGACCAAAUCAGAAAGAGAAAAUGCUUUGACACAAAUUGAAAUAAAGUCGUUAGAUAUAAAAUACCAGAGUAGGACAAAUCUCUCAAUUGAUUAUGAAAAGUCUAUAGAAAAUGCUAGUGUUAUAGCUAUCAAGAGUCAAGAGGAUGCAAAAGCUCCAGCAACUCCAAAGAUGUCCUUUAAAUACAUGUUACAGAUAUUGGAGGAAAUUAUAAUUUUUCUAAAGCAUUGUGGAAUUAUAAAUGAAAAUGAAUUAGAAACCAAGACUGCCUCUGAACCCCCACCAGUGGUGAAUUAUGAAAAUACUGAAGAUUAUGACUGGUGGACUAAGUUCUACGCAUCAAUUAGGGAAAGGCCAAAAGUACCCGAUAAAGCGUUGCCAAUUGCACAAAAAUAUAAAUUAAAAGUUUAUCAAAGCGAAUUAGAAAGCCAGCCAGAGUUCCAAGGUUUUACUGACAUGCUCCCGUCUUUUGAAAUAUUUAAAGGAAAGCGAACGGGAGACGAAAUACUAGACGAGGAUAAUGUUAUGGGUGUGUUCAAAGGACAAAUAAAGGUGUAUCAGUGGCCACCUGAAGACGAGAGUGUUGAAUAUGUGACGUCAAACGGCAUGGCAAUUAACGAUGGUGGAGUAUUCCAAACCUUCCCGAAUAAUAACAUUCUCAGAUACGUUUUAAGAGUUUAUUGCGUGCAAGCACUAAACUUGAGACCUCUCGACAUUUUGGGUAGGUCAGAUCCAUAUAUUGUGGUGAAGUUGGGUAAUCAAGUAAUAAACGACAAAGAGAAUUAUAUUAAAAAUCAAGUUUUACCAGUCUUUGGAAAGUGUUUUGAAUUUAAUGGAGCUUUUCCCCAAGACAAUUCUCUCAUUAUUGAAAUAUGGGAUUACGACCAACUCACUGAAGAUGACCUGAUUGGAGAGACGGUAAUCGAUUUAGAAAACAGAUUUUACACACAAUACAGAGCGAACUGUGGAAUUCCUGAUACCUAUCAGACAUCUGGAUAUUGCCAAUGGAGAGAUUACCAAAGACCAAAGAAAAUACUACAAAACAUAUGCUUUCAAAACGGAUUAGAACUACCUGAGUACGCAGAGUCAUCUGUUAGAAUCGGCCCCAAGGUGUUCGAAAUAGAUCCAAAUGAAGUUCGAAUCGAUCCGGCGGAAAACAAACAAGUUCUGGCUUUGAACGCGCUGCGGCGCUGGAACGAAAUGUCGCUUGUAGGUUUCAAUUUAGUUCCCGAACACGUUGAGACGAGAUCCCUGUAUCACCCCAAAAUACCGGGUAUAGAGCAGGGAAAACUUCAAAUGUGGGUGGAUAUUCUACCAUUCAUAGACGACCGCCCCCUUCCCAACCCAGUUGACAUAACUCCAAGAAAGCCCGUAGCAUUUGAACUGAGGGUAAUAAUAUGGAAUACACAAGAAGUUUUGUUGGAUGAAGAUGACUACUUCUUAGGGGAGAAAAAGUCCGACAUCUACGUUAAGGGUUGGUUAACAAGUACGGACGAUGCCCAAUCAACUGAUGUGCAUUAUCGAUCGCUGACUGGAGAGGGAAAUUUCAACUGGAGGUUCAUUUUCCCAUUUGAGUAUUUGUCAUCUGAAAAUUUAAUUGUAAUCAAGAAAAAACAUCAUAAAUUUUCGCUGUCUGAGAGCGAAUUAAAAGUACCUUGCAUAUUGAACCUGCAAGUGUGGGAUAAUGAUACCAUUUCUGCUGAUGAUUUUAUAGGAACUAUGCAUCUAGAAUUGGCGUACAUGCAUAAAGGCGCCCCAUCCCCUGAAAAAUGUGAUUUAUCUGUUUUUGACUCGAACGCAAGAAAAAUAAAUCUUUUCAAAGUAAAGAGAACUAAAGGAUGGUGGCCUUUUUAUAACAAGGAUCCGGGAACUAAUUCAACAAUACUUGCGGGGAAGUUGGAAGCCGAAUUAGAAAUAUUAUUAUCGAGUGAUGCAAUAAAAUUGCCGGCUGGAUUAGGUAGAGAUGAACCUCAAGCUCUUAAGGCUCCAAACCGUCCGGAUGUGUCUUUUUCCUGGUUUAAGAAUCCGUUAAAGGCAUUAAAAUUUUAUUUCUGCAGUUACGGCAUCCGUUAUUUGCUGAUUGGCUUGGCAUUCAUUCUUAUCGGUGCUUUUUUUGCCGCCGCCAUUUACGCUUUACCUGGAUAUACUGUGAAGAAGAUCUUAGGAGCAUAAAAUUUUAUAAAUAAUCUAUGUUUGUACUUGUUUAUUUUAUA